UCAUUUUUUAGUUGUUCGAUCUGACUAAUCGGUCAUGUAAGCAGUACUAAAUCUGCGGAGCACCGAAUAACAUUUAAUUGCAAUUGUUACAGGUUAUUUGAGGAAACAAAAAAAAAAUCUAGCGACGAAAAUGAGCAGCCAGGCGAAUAAAGAUACCUCGUCGUCCCCGAAUUCCACUAAUGAAUACAUUAUCGACUACAGCGGCAGCCUCGUCGCGGACAUGGCCAGCCUCUGCAUGAACGAGCCCUACUCGGACGUGGAGUUCCUGGUGGAGAAUCAGCGGCUGCCGGGCCAUCGCAACAUUCUGGCGAUGCGUUGUGAGUACUUCCGCGCUUUGCUCUACGGCGGUUUGGCCGAGUCGAACCAACGGGAAGUUCCGCUGGAGGUGCCGCUUGAAGCCUUCAAGUUAAUCCUGGGAUAUCUCUACUCGGGGAAGAUGACUCUGUCCACACUGGACGUUGACACCAUUAUCGAUGUGCUCGAUUUGGCCCAUCUUUACGGGUUGCAGGCCGUCGAGACGGGAAUAGGAAAAUACCUGCAGCAGAAUCUUUCUGUCAGUAAUGUGUGCACGAUCCUGGAUGUCGCACGCCGCAACAAUCUCAACCAACGGGCUGAAGAAUGCCUAGAUUUCAUCGACUACAAUUGCUCCGAUAUAUUAAAACAUGAUUCCUUCGCACAACUGUCCAAGGAAUCACUUGAGGAACUCCUGCGACGGGACAAGUUGGCGGCUCUCGAAAUUGAUAUCUUUCGAGCUGUAUGCAAAUGGAGGGACAACCAUCCGAGCGAGGACUUCAAGACGGUGGCUGCGCUCGUACGUCUCCCGCUUUUGACUGCCCAACAGCUGGUGAAAGAGGUACGCCCCUCUGGCAUAUACGAGUUGGGACAGAUACUCGACGCCAUUGGUCAAGUGGAUACCGGAGAGAAUCUGCCCUACCGUGUCGUCGUGUUGCCGGGGGAGGAUGUGGCAUCAGGGAAACAUCUUGCGCGCCGUUUCCAGGAUGAGCAAGAUCGUACAGUCUUCGAGCUGAGAAACCUUUUCGCAAUCAACUUUAUUGAAGUUAUUUUCCAAUAUGGCUCAUAUAGCAUCAGUUUCGAAGUGCAUGUUUCUUGCGACCAGACUCACUGGAAUUGUGUGGGAUCGGAAAGUCUUCAUGGAAACGCGACACUUAACUUCACAUUCGAACAGCGACCCGUUCGCUACAUUCGUUUCGGAACUGUACCUACUGGUUCUAAACAUUUUAUGCAUUCUCUGACAGCCAUGUACAAAAAGUAGCACUGAAAUUUUUCCCAUUUCCUGAAAGCAAAAUGUGGCACAGUCCCGUUCCUAAUCAUCGGUAAUCUUGUCAUCACAAAAGUAAAAACGGUAGAAAAAAAUGAUGUUGCUUCCUUUUUAU